AUGCUCAAAUUUUUCACACCACACCACAAGAACGAUUUGAUAAUUCGUAACUAUAUCAGAAUGGAGGAAAAUGUUUUGAAGGUGAGUUUUCAACCAUGAAAAAUGGCGAAACAACUUUUACCUAGUUCAAAUUACAGAGUCCCGCAUUUCUCAAUUAUGAAGUAUCAAGAACGUUCUCACUUUUUCAUCGUUUUUUAUGUUUCGAGGUCGUUGAAAUGAGUGAGGCCAAAUUGGCAGAAAUCGAAAAAACACAAUGUAAAGGAGAUGGAUUGAGAAAAACUCUUCUAAUUGGAAACCUUGUGGAAUCAAUCGAGAACAAUGGAUAUGAUUUUAAUGAAUUUCUCGUAGAUCGAUAUUCGAGAAAAAAUCUAUAUCUUCAAAGAUUCAAUGAGAUUCGUGGUGUUCGAAAUAGCAACUUAUGGGAUGCGAUAAGUGAUGAUCUCGAAAACAGUUUCAACCAAGUUGAUCUCUCCGACGACGAUGAAUAA